CAUGUGACCGCCGCCCCUUCUUCCAACAUGGCUGCGCCCAGUUCUGCUGUUCGGAGCCUUCAGCUUGUGCAGAACAAAGGUCUGAAAAGAAUUUUCUCAGGAAUUCAGCCAACGGGGAUUCCUCAUCUGGGGAAUUAUUUUGGUGUCAUCACAAGCUGGGUGAAGCUACAGGAAGAAUGUAGUUCUGUAUUAUACAGCAUUGUGGAUCUCCACUCCCUCACCAUUCCAAGAGAGCCAGCUGUUUUAAGGGAAAGCAUCCUAGACAUCACUGCUGUUCUCCUGGCCUGCGGCAUAAACCCACAAAGAUGCUUCCUUUUCCAGCAGUCCCAGGUGCCUGAACAUGCUCAGCUUAGCUGGGUCUUAGGGUGUUUGAUAGGAAUCCAACGUCUAGAACAUUUUCCUCAGUGGAAGCUUAAGAAGGCCAGUCAGACCAGUGGAGCGACAGUUGGGCUCUUUACCUAUCCUGUCCUUCAAGCGGCAGAUAUUCUUCUCUACAAGUCAACACAUGUUCCUGUUGGAGAAGAUCAAAUCCUCCACUUGGAGCUGACUCAAGAUACAGCCCGCCAGUUCAAUAAGAAGUAUGGGGAGUUCUUUCCAGUACCCAAAGCCCUUUUAACCUCGGCAAAAAAAGUGAAGUCCCUUAGAGAUCCCACCUCAAAGAUGUCAAAAUCAGACCCUGAUAAAUUAGCCACGGUGUGUAUCACGGAUAGUCCUGAGGAGAUAAAGCUGAAAUUUCGCAAGGCUGUGACGGACUUUACCUCCGAAGUGACGUACAAUCCCGAACAUCGCCUGGGAGUCUCCAAUCUUGUGGCUAUUCACUCUGCUGCCACAGGGCUCAGCACAGAGGAAGUGGUCCAGCAGAGCACUGGCCUGGAUACAGCCCAUUACAAGGCAGCGGUGGCCGAAGCGGUCAUUGAAAAACUUGCACCGGUCAGGAAUGAGUUUAAGAGACUAAAAGAAGACAAAACUUACCUGGAAGAGGUUCUGUCAUCCGGAGCAGAAAAAGCCAGAGAACUUGCAGCUCCUGUGUAUUGGGAAAUUAAAAGAUUGGUGGGGUUGAACUGAAUCCAAGAAAAAGUAGCUAUCAUCUUUCAUUACUUCAGUAUGUCCCAUGACUUCAGUCCUGUUUUGAGGAUCCAAAAGGAGAUUGAUUAUCAGAUUGUUCCCUCACAGGUCUUAAUUAUUUUAGAGCCAGGCUUGGAGGCUGCAGAGAGCCAAACCACAUGCAGUACAGUGAAGACAUCUAAGUACGGUUUAGGGUGGAAAGCUGAAUCUGCUCCAAGGGCCAGGUUUCCCACCAGAUAGAUGAUUACGUGGGGUGGAACUUCUGGGCGAAGAUGCCCUUUCUAUUUCUGCCAUGCAACGGUCUCUUUGGUCCACUAGUGGCUGCAGUUAAUUAUUCCUAGGAUCAUUUGAGUGGUGAAGACAACUGUAGCUGAUCUAGCUUUGAUCUGCCCUCGGGGGCAAAAGAUGGCAAGAUAUUGAGAAUUAAGAUCUUUAAGGACUACCUUGCCAGUCCAAGUAAAAAUGCUGUGAAGCCAGCUCAGCUGAAAACUGUUCUCUCAAAGUAUUCCAAGCAAGUUACAACACUGUUGUUGAGACUUU